AUGGUCAUCAACCCUCCUCCAAGCAAUACAACUACCUUAUCGCCUCAUUUACCUAGUACAGGUAUUGCUAAUUUACCAAAUCAACGACACAAAAUUGUCGCUAAAAAUGGUGCCAACUUUACUAUCAUGGUUUGCGGUGAAUCUGGUGUUGGUAAAACUACUUUCGUGAAUACACUCUUCACAACCACUAUUAAGGAGCCAAAAAACUUAACUAAAAGACAUCUCAAGACGCCUGCAAAAACUGUUCAAAUCAAUAUCACUAAAGCAGAGCUGGAAGAAAGGACGUUCAAGGUUAAGCUCACCAUAAUUGACACGCCUGGUUUUGGUGAUUAUGUUAACAACAGACACAGUUGGAUUCCUAUCGUAGAUUUUAUUGAUGAUCAGCAUGAGAAAUACAUGCGGCAGGAGCAACAGCCAUGUAGAAAAGGUGCAAUUGACAUGCGAGUACAUGCUUGCUUAUACUUCAUUAAACCUACAGGUCACACCUUAACUCCUCUGGAUAUUGAGGUGAUGAAGCGCUUAGGCUCUCGUGUCAAUUUGAUACCGGUUAUUGCUAAAGCUGAUACUCUGACACCUGCCAAUUUAGAGAAAUUCAAACAGAAUAUUCGCGAAGUCAUCGCUGCUCAAAAUAUCCAAGUUUACAGCUGCCCUAUUGAUAGCGACGAUGAAGACACUACUUCACGCAAUAAAGACAUGAUGGCCGCUCUUCCUUUUGCUGUUAUUGGAUCUACUCAAGAUGUUAUAACCACUGAUGGCCGUAAGGUCAAAGGUCGUGAGUACGCUUGGGGUGUUGCCGAAGUAGAGAAUGACGCUCAUUGUGACUUUAAAAAAUUGCGUAGCCUUUUGAUCCGUACUCACAUGUUGGAUUUGAUCACUACGACAGAAGACCACCAUUAUGAAAACUAUCGCCAAGCUCAAAUGGAGACGCGUAAAUUUGGUGAAGCCCGUACUCAACCAACGGAAAAUGCGAAAUUCAAGGAAGAUGAAGAUGUUUUGCGGAAGAAGUUUACGGAUCAAGUUAAAGCUGAGGAGCAACGUUUCCGAUUAUGGGAGAAGCAGUUGCUUAAUGAAAGAGAUCGCCUUCAUAAGGAGUUAGAAGCACAAGGCGAAAGGAUCAAAGAAUUGCAAAGUGAAAUAGAAUCUUAUUAUUAUCACCAGCGAGACAAGUCAAUUAGAAAAUAA